ACGAUGUGUCGAGUGUGUUUAUGAAAAAUUAACAAGGAAUAUAUUAAUAUUAAUUAACUUUCUAAAAGAUGAUAACUUCGUCCAGAAUUUACUUUGCACCGAGACUUCCCUCCGUCUUUUUUUUAAGCUUUUCGAAGCGUAAUAAAAACGACAAACACAUUAUUAAUAGAACUUUAGAAACUAUAGCAGCUGCAGUUGAAAAACACGAGUGGACGAGUUAUCGUCCGUACGCGGAAAUACCAGGACCAAAACCAAUUCCCAUUUUGGGAAAUACAUGGCGUUUUAUUCCCUACAUAGGUGAUUUUAAGAUACAAUCGGUGGACAAAGUAUCAAAAAGAUUACACGAACGAUACGGAGAUAUCGUUAAAAUCGAAAAUUUACUUGGCAGACCGGAUAUGGUUUUCGUUUACGAUGCUAACGAGAUCGAACGAAUUUUCCGACAAGAAGAUAAAAUGCCUCAUCGACCUUCCAUGCCUUCUCUUAAUUAUUAUAAACACGUUUUAAGAAAACAAUUUUUCGAAGAAGAUGCUGGUAUUAUCGCUGUUCACGGAGAGAGUUGGUAUAAUUUCCGUAGUAAAGUGCAACAAGUAAUGUUGCAACCAAGAACAGCAAAAAUGUACGUCGGUUCAAUUGAGGAAGCCAGUCGGUCGUUCCUAUUAAGAAUAGAAAGUAUUAAGAAUUUAAAUGACGAAGUACCUGAUGAUUUUCUAAAUGAGAUACAUAAGUGGUCGCUUGAGUCUAUCGCACGAGUCGCAUUAGACGUCCGUUUAGGUUGCUUAGAAAACAAUGCUAAUGUCGAAACACAGGAAUUAAUAAACGCUGUUACUAUAUUUUUCAAGAACGUUGGCGUUCUAGAAUUGAAAAUACCUUUUUGGAGAAUCUUUAAUACACCUACAUGGAAAAAAUAUGUUAAUGCACUCGAUACCAUUGUACGAAUUACGUCAAAAUAUACGGAUUCUGCAUUGACUAAUUGGAAAAAUACAUCAAAUUUUACUAAAGAAUUAUCUUUAUUGGAAAGAGUUUUGGCUUUAGAAGGAAAUUCGAAAUUGGCUACCAUUUUAGCACUUGAUUUAUUUCUGGUUGGCAUUGACACUACUUCGAACGCCGUUGGAUCGGUGUUGUAUCAAUUGGCGAUACAUCGAGAUAAACAAGAAAUUGCUUACAAAGAAAUAUCUAAUGUACUUCCCCCGAGAGAUAAACCAAUAGAGGCAAUGCAUUUGGAAAAUUUAAAAUAUUUGAAAGCUUGUAUAAAAGAAACCUUAAGAAUGUAUCCUGUUGUUAUUGGAAAUGGACGAUGUAUGACUAAAGAUACAGUGAUCAGUGGUUAUCAUGUACCUAAAGGAGUGCAAGUUAUUUUUCAACAUUACGUUAUAAGUAAUCUAGACAAAUAUUUUCCACGAAGCAAUGAAUUUUAUCCUGAGAGAUGGUUACAAGAUGAUGGUGUACGACAUGCGUUUGCAUCGCUUCCUUUUGGCUAUGGUAAACGUAUGUGUCUAGGACGACGAUUCGCCGAAUUGGAAAUGAUUAUAGUAAUCAGUAAGAUCCUGCAGUAUUACAAAAUAGAAUAUCAUCAUAAAAAAUUAGAUUAUUAUAUCGACCCGAUGUACACACCUAAAGGACCACUGAAAUUAAAAUUUAUUAACAGAUAAAUCUCUUUAUUUAUAAGUCUAUAGUUUAUACUUGAUGAUGUAAUGAAAAUUAAAAUGAAUAAUUUAGUUUUCAAAAGAUGCACCUAGCGAUAGGCAACACUCGAUGCACGGAUGUACGAAAAAGUUUGGAAAAAUUAUUGAGCAACAUAUAACAGACUUUCAACUCUAUCUAUCGGUCGAACGUACGAACUAAUUAUUGAUAUGAUUAAAUGUUAAUUACUGUCUUA